AUGACUCAACGUAAAAUUCUUUUCUUUGAUUCAAAAUCUUAUGAUGAAAAAACAUUUAAAUCAGCUUUAAAAACUUUAAAUGCUCAAGAUAAACUUCAUUUUACAUUUCUUGAAAGUAAAUUAAAUGAAGAAACUAUUAUUGAAGCUCAAGGUUAUGAUGGAUUAUGUUUAGUUAAUAGUGAUGCUCGUAAUUCAAAUGUCAUGGAUAAAAUACAUAAACUUUGUGAAACAGUUAAAAUAAUUGCUUUACGAAGUGCUGGUUAUAGUGGCUCGUCUGUUAAUAUAGUAAAACAAUAUGGUCUUCAAGUAUGUCGUGUACCAAGUUAUUCACCACAUGCUGUUGCUGAACAUUCGCUUGCUCUUUUAUUAUCACUCAAUCGUAAUAUGCAUCGUGCUUACUUUCGAACAAAAUUACACAAUUUUACUUUGGAUGGUUUAGUUGGUAUAGAUCUUUUUGGUAAAACUGUUGGAAUUAUUGGAAUAGGCAGUGUUGGACUAUGUGCAGUUAAGAUCUUUUUAGGUUUUGGCUGUAAAGUAUUAGCUUAUGAUAUUAAACCUGAUGAUACAAUUGCUAAAGAACAAGGAUUUCAAUAUGUUUCAAUGGAUGAAUUACUUCGAGAAAGUGAUAUUGUCUCACUACAUGCACCCAUGCAUGAAUCAACCUAUCAUUUGAUUAAUAAAGAAGCAUUAGAUAAAAUGAAACAUGGUGCAAUGUUAAUUAAUACAAGUCGUGGUCCAUUAGUUGAUGCUAAUGCCCUUGUUAAUUGUCUUAAAGCAGGAAAAUUACGAGGAGCUGCACUUGAUGUAUAUGAAUUUGAAGAUAAAUAUUUUUAUAAUGAUUUUAGUCAACGAGUAAUGGAAGAUGAUACAUUAGCACGUUUAAUAUCAAUGCCAAAUACAAUUGUUACAUCUCAUCAAGCAUUUCUUACUGAAGAAGCAUUGAAAAAUAUUGCAGAGUCAAUUGUUCAAAGUUUACUUGAUUUCUUCAAUGGAUCACAAACGAAUACAUCAAAAGUUGAAUGA